CUCUGGACGAGGCCAAAAGAAAGACGCUUGGUAACAACCGACAAUGAAGAAAAACAUACAACCGCAUGCCUUUGUCCGUGAAGUGCACGCAUGACCUCGAGGUAACCAAGUCACAAUUGACACAAUGGAGCACUGGCCGGAUAGCGACGCCCUACAAAGCGCUCGAAUAAGCCCCGACAAGCCAUACUUCCCCGGCCAGCCCAAGUCCCUCGAAGGCAUUGCGCUGCGAUCAUUUUGGCUCGGCAUCGCCCUCGCGUUAUCCGCCGUAGCUACCUUCUCAACCCUUCUCUUCUCGUCGUCUCCGCUCUGGCGACUGCCCUUCUUCUGGGGCGCCCUGUCAACGUUUCACUUUCUCGAGUUCUGGACGACUGCGAAAUACAAUACUCGACAGGCGAAUAUAGACUCGUUCCUCUUGACUGCGAACUGGCCUCUGUACGCGAUAGCGCAUGCCUCCGCUUCCAUCGAAUGCCUUCUCACCAAGCUCCUCUGGACGAGCCGAUCUUGGGCGCCUUUAUACAUUGGCCAUAUACUGCUUCUGCUUGGGUUGAUGUUGGUUUUUAUAGGACAAUUAAUCCGCGCAACAUCCAUGAUGCAGCUGGGCACUAGCUUCAACCACAUUGUGCAGCACAAGAAAAAUGACGACCAUGUGCUCAUGACUACGGGCAUCUAUGGAGUGAUGAGACACCCUUCUUAUUUCGGCUUCUUCUGGUGGGGCAUCGGCACUCAGCUUGUCCUUGGAAACCCUAUCUGCUUCCUCGGGUACACAAUCGUCCUGUGGAAAUUCUUUUCGGGUAGAAUAAAGGUUGAAGAGAAAUUCCUAGCGAAGAUGUUCGACGACUACGUCGAGUACAAGAAGAGGGUCCCCACUCGGAUCCCCUUCAUCCCGUGAGCAAUGGGAAGCAAGGGAAGGGGUGGUUGCGAUGGCGCUCUGGAUACGGAGGUCCGCAUAAAUCGAGCCGCAGCGAUUACUGCUUUGCCUCGUCAACACCAGAGGAGCUCGAGACUGUAUGAUUAGUCUGCUUGACUGGAUCAGGUAGAAGGAGAGGUAUUGCGGAGUGUAUAGUACACAACUGCUAAGCAUUGAGAGCCAGGUUAUGUAUCUUAAAUACUAUACGGUACAGAAUUAAUCGUCAUGUUCGCCCCAACUUGCUUCCCUUGCGGACCUCCAGACUGCCAAACAGGGUGGGAAGGGAGGAGAGGGGAACACUAUACCCACGAAGAAUAUCUUGGUAUUCUAAUACGACAGUAGUAUAUGUAGCAAACAAGCAUGGCAACUGGCCAUAUACG